AUGGGGACAGCGAUGUUUGCACGAGUUACUUUUUAUCCAACGUUGCUGUACAAUGUUUUCAUGGAGAAAAUGACGAGCAGACGCUGGUAUGACAGAAUAGACGAUCAUGUCAUUUUGGGUGCUCUGCCUUUUCAGAGUAUGACAGAACAGUUAAUCAAUGAGGAGAACAUAAAAGGAGUGGUGUCCAUGAAUGAGAGCUAUGAACUCAAAAUAUUCUCUAAUGAUGCUGAGAAAUGGCGCGAACACGGCGUAGAGUUCCUGCAGCUAGCCACCACGGAUAUCUUCGAGGCGCCCGACCAGGACAAACUUUACGAAGGAGUCAGGUUCAUUAACAGGUUUCUUCCGGUGGGCGGUAAGCUGGGCGGCGUUCCCGACGGUGGGCACGUGGGCAGCGGCAGCGUUUACGUGCACUGCAAGGCGGGGCGGACAAGGAGCGCCACGCUGGUCGGCUGCUACCUCAUGAUGAAGAACGGCUGGUCACCCGAGAGGGCGGUGGAAUACAUGAAGUCGAGACGACCCCACAUUCUGCUGCACACAAAGCAAUGGCAGGCCCUCGACAUAUUUCACCGGAGGCAUUUAAGAUUGGACACCGACAAAAGUUCCACCACG